CAAUAAUUAUAUUUCCCCAAAUUAAAGCACUUCAAACAAACUCUAAUUUGGUUUCCCUUUCCUCUAUAUUCACUAAGAAAAUGGAUUCAUCUAUGAAUAAGUUCAUGUUGGCUAGUAAGAAUGAACAAUCAAAUAGUGAUCAUAAUUGUGUUGCACAAGAUCAAGAAGAGAGUGGAUGGACAACUUAUUUGGAGGACUUUUCAAUGGAAAAUAACUAUAAUAGGGAAAAUAGCAUAUGUUGUGAGGAUGAUGAUGAUGAUGAUGAUAGUUUUGGAAGCCCUUCUUUGUUGUCUGAUGCUGCUUCUCAUGCUGUUUGGAAGAAUUUUGGUGACACCAAUAUUAACAAUAAUCAAGUCGUGAUUAAUUCAAAUUCUCCUAAUAUGAGUACUGGUGGCUCACCAUUUCUUAAGAGGUUGAAUUUGAAGAAACCAAGGAACAAGAAAAUCUCUGAUCCUGAUUUAGAAGACACUGCUAGCUCACCUGUUAAUAGUCCAAAGGUAAGUAGUUUUAAGCAGAUGGACAUCAAUUACCAUAGAGCAGACACCAAAAACGAAAAUUUUCUGGGAUUUGAAGGUGGCUCUAGACAAGCUCAGCAAAUGGAAACAGUAGAAGGAAACAGUACAAGGUAUUUUGAUGAAAAGAACAAAAGCUAUAUGGACCUCAAGAAGAAGGGACUUUGUUUGGUGCCUUUGUCCAUGUUGGUCAACUAUAGAGGAUGAUGAUCUCUUUCAAAAAAAAUAAAAAAGUCUACUUAGUUCCUCUGUAACAUGUAUAAUUCUAUUUCUGUUUUUUUAGCGAAAGGAAUGUAUUAAUAGUAUGAAAACAGUAAAAAAAAAAAUGGAAACAAGUUUGUGAAAGAGGGAUUUGUAUAUAAUUUGUAAUUGUAUGUAUGACUUUACUCUUCUA